AUCCUUGCGGCAGCUUUUAUUGGACGUGCUGCUGUCAAGCAGUGCCGAAGAAUUGGAAGGGCAAAAGCUAGAAAGGCAGUGAAAAUACUUACAGAAUUCAACAUUAUGUAGCUAUUUUCUGCCUUUUACGUUUAGAAGGAGCAUUCAUUCGCCUUCCUUUCUGAAAACCGAAACUUGGGGACGCGGAGAGGUCUUGUUUUUGUAUACAAUUGCUCUGAUCCAGACGUGGUACCUCCUCAACAGAUAAUUUGACAGCCCUCCACAUCUUUUUUCAGAAAGAGGAAAAAAAAUCGUGCGGCCUUUGAUACAUUGCAGCCCUUUUUUUUUCUUUUCUUUUUUUUUUUUUUAUCUCCGGCGAUUCGCCUUAAAGCUGACAGCGGAUAUCUGAAUGAAGAGUCUACCAAAUAUUUCUGUUUUGGCUAAUUGUUAUUUUUUGGCAGAUAAAUGGCAUGUUUUGUCGGACUAAAUCGCGUUUUGUUACAUGGAGGAGUCUUGAGAUUGGAGCGACGUUCGAAGGGAGUUCUAUGCAGUGUGAAUAUUGUUGCCUGUUGAUGAUGAUGUAGGCUACCUUAGGCUGGAGCAAACUGUCGUGAGAACCGGUUUGUAGCCAAUGUCUUGAAGUGGCUAACCCGAUAGUCAAAAGGAAAACAGGACUCCCAAAUGAAAUUGGAUGAUUUUGGGUGGGGAGGACGGCUAAAGCAGAAAGCUUUUUGACAAACAUGGAUACAACUAUUGCUUGAAUUAAUUCAGAAGACUGACGUUUAAAGUUAAAAAAAAUCUGAGAGGGCAAAUGAUGAUGUGGUACGAAUCCGAGGCAGGGAACCGUGUAAUGAAGGAUAAAUCAGCACUGGAAUAGAACCACAGAACAGCGACAUUCUAGAACAGCCUAACGGGAUUCAUGUUAGCAAGAAUAAAACGGCGCGUGUAGAAAAUCUCUCAAAUUUUCUUCAUGUAAAAAAGUGGAGAGAGGAAAUCUGUUUCCUGGUUAGGGGGGUGGGGGGGAAGGAACAUCUUUUAUUCAUGGUUAGUGUUGGGGAAACUGGGGAAAACCUUUCAACAUUACGGUUAAUAAAGAGAGAACUAUAGCCAUAUUUUUUUUUUGACAAGGAAGAGCCCCAGAAGAUAUCAGCAGAGAAAGCGAAUGACAGUCGGCCGGGUAUUAGUAAAGCACUUGAGCUAGAGGAAUUGGCUGAAGUGGGGUUGAAGCAUGGGCUGUGCUUCAAGCAUUCAUAUCUCCGAUAGGGUGGUCUAUCAAAGUGGAAAGGAAUCCGAGGAUUCCCAGCAGACCAAUACCACUCCUGCCCCAGGACUCCCGAUCAAACCCAACACCGUCAAGAACACAUUUACAGAGGUGCAGUUUGGACCAAUGAAGUUAUACGAAGAUCAGCUUCAGGUACUGUUAGUAUUUGCCAAAGAGGACAGCCAGAACAAUGGAUUCUGCUGGGCUUGUGAGAAGGCCAACUUCAGGUGUACUGUGGCGAGGACUCCUGAGGCAGCCCUGGAGUGCUUCCUUGAAAAGCAUCACGACCUCGUCAUCAUCGACCACAGACAUUCCAGAUAUUUCGACGCUGAAGCACUAUGCCGGUCAAUCAGGGCGGUGACCUCUUCAGAAAACACUGUGAUAGUUGCUGUAGUAAAAAGGCCAGACAGGGAGGAAGCUUCAGUGAUGCCUCUUAUCAAUGCUGGCUUCAACAGGCGAUAUGUGGAGAACACUAAUAUGAUGGCCUGCUACAAUGAAUUGCUACAGCUGGAGCAUGGAGAAGUACGGGCACAGUUCAAACUGAGAGCAUGUAAUGCCAUCUUCACAGUCUUGGAGCAAAGUCAAGAAGCCAUAGAGAUCACCAAUGAGGAUCAAGUCAUUCAGUACGUGAAUCCUGCCUACGAGAGCAUCAUGGGAUAUCAGCAAGGUGAACUGAUAGGGAGGGAGAUUCUAGAAGUGCCUAAAAGUGAAAAGAAUAAGCCUGAUCUCCUUGAAACCAUAAACUCCUGCAUACGGAAAGGAAAGGAGUGGCAGGGGAUUUAUUAUGCCAAAAAGAAGAACGGGGACAGUGUUCAACAAAAUGUGAAGAUCACACCUGUGAUUGGACAGGGAGGUAAAAUCAGACACUAUGUGUCUAUCAACAAGCCUUUAAAUGAUAACAAUAAGUCAUCCAGUGAACGGGUGCAGGCAGAGUCUCAGACAGACAUCCAGUCCAGUAAGCAUAAGGACCGGAGGAAAGGCUCUUUGGACGUCAGGUCUACGACGUCUCGGGGGAGCGACGGCUCCUCCCAAAGAAGACAUUCAUCCAUGGCUAGAAUCCACUCCAUGACCAUUGAAGCGCCAAUCACAAAGGUGAUCAACAUCAUCAACGCAGCUCAGGAGUCCAGCCCUAUGCCUGUCGCCGAGGCCCUGGACCGGGUCCUGGAGAUCCUGAGGACCACGGAGCUGUACUCCCCUCAGCUGGGCACCAAGGAGGAGGACCCCCAUACCAACGACCUGGUGGGCGGGCUGAUGACGGAUGGCUUGCGAAGACUGUCAGGAAACGAGUACAUAUUUUCGACAAAACAGCCCCACCUCCCGAGUCACCUGACCACACCCCUGUCAUUGAAUGACAUCCCUCCCCGCGUUGCCCAGACGAUGGAGAACGAGGACUCCUGGGACUUCGACAUCUUCAACCUGGAGGCUGCCUGUAUGAAACGGCCUCUGACCUACCUGGGCCUGAAGGUCUUCUCCCGGUUCGGGGUGUGUGAGUUCUUGAGCUGCCCAGAGGCCACACUUCGAUCCUGGCUGCAGGUGAUUGAGGCGAACUACCACUCCACCAACUCCUACCACAACUCCUCUCAUGCUGCCGAUGUCCUGCACGCCACUGCCUACUUCCUGUGCAAGGAGAGGGUCAAGCAAAGUCUGGACCAGAUCGAUGAGGUGGCGGCCCUGAUCGCCGCCACGGUGCACGAUGUAGACCAUCCGGGACGCACCAACAGCUUCCUGUGCAAUGCCGGAAGCGAGCUGGCCAUCCUGUACAACGACACCGCCGUGCUGGAGAGCCACCACGCCGCCCUGGCUUUCCAAAUCACCACACGGGACGACAAGUGCAACAUCUUUAAGAACAUGGAACGGAAUGAGUACCGUACCCUGCGCCAGGCCAUCAUCGACAUGGUCCUCGCCACGGAGAUGACGAAACACUUUGAGCACGUCAACAAGUUUGUCAACAGCAUCAACAAGCCGCUGGCUGCGCUGGAGGAGAACGGGGGAUUGUGUGACGAGGAGGCUGUCAAAGGCAUCCUAACGUCCCCAGACAACCGGAUCCUUGUCAAGCGCAUGCUGAUCAAGUGUGCCGACAUCUCCAAUCCAUGCCGACCGCUGGAGCUUUGUAUAGAAUGGGCCGGACGUAUAUCGGAAGAAUACUUUGCACAGACUGAUGAGGAGAAGAGACAGAAUCUACCAGUGGUCAUGCCUGUGUUUGACAGGAACACCUGCAGCAUUCCUAAGUCCCAGAUCUCCUUCAUAGACUAUUUCAUCACAGAUAUGUUUGACGCCUGGGAUGCGUUUGCUGACCUUCCUAACCUCAUGCAGCACCUGGACAACAACUUCAAGUACUGGAAGGGCCUGGACGAGCGGAAACUGCACAGCCUGCGUCCUCCCCCAGAGUAGGAGCGCUCAGACGGGGUUGGACACCAGGCCCUGGGCCCCCUCCCUGGUUCCUGUCCUCCAGGGCGGCUCUACUCCUCUCGCUCCCUGCCAGCCCACCUCCAUCCGCGGCUGCCGGGCAUCCACUCUUCUGCUUCAGUAGCACGCCACAGAGCGUCCACGUGUCCGUCCGACACAGACAUUGCGCGCUGAAGCGCGUACGAGCGGGCGGACGGGCAAAGCUGCAGCGACCCUAGGCUUUUGCUUCAUACAUAGACCACGUUCCCUGAGGAUGGGCAGUGGACUUUCACAUGGACACAGUACUUCGAAACUACCGGUGCCUGGUAGGCUAAACGGACGACUGCCGCCUGUAAGACGGCGUCAGAGACUGUUCUUCUCCGAGCCAAACUAGUGAUGGACGCACUGUCCCACUAGUACUCGCGGGUGCACUCGCGCACACACGCGCACACACACACACACACACACAGGUUCUCCCUGCUUCUGUCCGUCUCUGCUGAGAAUGUUACUGUCUCUCUGUAGAGAGGCAGCUUGUUCUCUGGCUGGUGGAGCUACGGAGAAACGCACCGUCAAACUGGAUUCUGAGGGGCCCGGUGGUCCCUUUCGCUCUUCCGGUGAGAAGCUGUCCGAGGAUCGACGGACGGAGAUGUCGCGUGGCACAGUUUACAUCGCAACUGGUACCCUAUUCCCUGCCUAAUGCCCAACAUUGAAUUAUGACAAAACCCCGUGGAGCUCCGAGUCAUAAGACGUGUGCUAUGCAGGGAAUAGGGUGCCAUUUGGGACAAGCUCACGGUGUGAAGUCCACAUGGGACCUCUAACCGGCGUGCAGUGUGUUCCAGGUCAGACUGCCACCCCGCCCUCUCAGAGGCUACCAGGCAGGAUUACACUCCACCACCAUUUAGUUUUUCUUCUUGUUGUAUUUUCCAUGUUUGUUUGUCCUUCACAACCACGUUGUCCACUAACAGGACCUGUAGCGACGGGGGAUGUGGGG